AUGACGGACAAACUACCCCCGCAGCUCCUGCAGCUGUUCGCUCCCAGACCUGCUCUGCGAUAUCUGCCGCCGUGCGACCACGCUCCCGAGGACCGUCGCACUCCUGCCAUCUCUGGCGUCGCUCAAUACGUCCAGGCCGCAAAGGAAUACGACGACGGCUACGUCCCUUCUGAGAGCUGGCUGCAGAAGAAGGACCGUCAAAAGAUGGAAAGAGACGAAGCUGCUCAAUACCGCGUCACCGAGGGCUUCAAGAACGAAUUCAAGCCUCACGAAGACCCCAACGUCGUCGGCGACCCGUUGAAGACUCUGUUCGUUUCUCGCCUCAGCUACAACACCGAAGUCAAGGACCUCGAGCGCGAAUUCGGUCGCUACGGUCCCAUCGAGCGCAUCCGCCUGGUCGAGGACACAACCACACCUACUCCUAAGAAGAAGCAUCGAGGCUAUGCUUUCAUUGUCUUCGAAAGAGACUCUGACAUGAAGGCUGCCUACAAAGACGCCGACGGUAUUCGUAUCAAAGACAGACGUAUCCUGGUUGAUGUCGAACGCGGCCGCACAGUCAAGGAAUGGCGUCCUCGCAGAUAUGGAGGUGGCCUCGGUGGCCGUCACUACACAAAGGCCGCCCCUCCUCGUCCUUCUGGUUAUGGUGCCCCUCUGGUCCCGGAGGCUUCGGCGGCGGUCGUGGCGGCUUUGGCGGCGGCGGCUUCAGAGGAGGCUUCCGCGGUGGAAGAGGAGGAGGCGGAGGCGGAGGCGGUGGCUUCCGGGGCGGAUUCGGUGGAGGUGACAGAGGUGGCUACGGUGCAAAGAAGGUACUGA